AAAUCACAUACAAACCCCCUUCUUUUCAAAUAUUCACAUGAGAAUUCUGUGACUGGGCGCCGGGUGCCUUGCCGCCCUAGACACCUGUCACUCAGGAUAUAUUUCCUAGCCCACAGCCAGUGUUAGAUAUAUAAGCGUCUUUCAUCUUUUCCCCUGCAAAUCAAAUUCUAAUUCUGUCGAUACCAAACCCGAAGCCUAUCCUUCAGCUACACGAAGUUUGUGAGUAACGAUGGCUGUGUCGCGCUCCGAAACCCGAUUAGGGGGCUUCGUUGACUUCUCGGAUGUACUCGAGGCAAACUCAAAAGUCGGCCUUCGUAUUAGUCUUUUGAUUCUGCUAGCAACAGUCGGGUUGUGCGUAUACCUUAGACGCAAAGAGAAAUUAAAGUUUGAGAAACUACUCAUAGAAAAGUUUGACUGCAAGCCAGUCAUUGCACGAGUGCCAUACAAAUGGCCCUUUGCGCUUGACCUCCUUUUCCGCCAAUACAAGAUCUUUUUCAGCGACUACACCUUCGAACGGCUUACUGAAUAUUUCGACAUUGCUGGAACCGCUAGGAUUGAACUUUUCGGAGUAACCGGCUACUUUACAUCGGAUCCUGAAAAUAUAGAGACUAUACUCUCCACAAGAUUUGAGGAUUACGGCCUGGGAAGCCGCCGUCUUGCGAGCGCUCCUUUACUUGGAGAAGGCAUCUUCAGUCAGGAUGGGCCGGCCUGGAAGCAUUCACGCGAGCUCAUUAAGCGGCAGUUUACACGCAUCCAGAAGCAAACGAUCCGAGUAUUCGCACCUCAUGCAGAAAAGCUAGUCCUGGGACUCGAAAAGGCUUCGGUAGGAGCAAUAGUCGACUUGAAGCCAUUCCUCUUCGAAUACACUCUUAGUACAACCACAGAGCUUCUAUUUGGUGAGCCGCACGAUAGCCUGUCAAAAGAGGAUCAAGAGGCUGUGAGGUCAAACUUUGACUAUGCUGCAACCGGUAUGGGAAUUCGUGUCCGACUGGCUGACUUGGCAGUUCUUUACAACCCACCUGAAUUCAAGAAGGCCUGCAAGGCUGUCAAAGAUUGGGCUACCUUUUUCGCAAAGAAGGCCUUGAAGUAUAAGGAUGAGUUUGGUGAGGAAAAGGCCUCGGAGAAAUACUCAUUCAUAAUUGAUCUCUGGAAAGAGAUGCAGGAUGAACAGCUAGUAAGGGAUCAGUUACUACAUGUUCUGGUUGCUGGACGAGACUCAACAGCUGCUCUCUUGUGUUGGACGUUCUUCCAUCUUGUUCGCAAUCCCGACUGCUUAGAGAGACUGAAGCAAGAGGUAUCCGCAGUACCUCAGGGUUCCGACAUAACGAGAGAACAUAUCCAAAAGCUACCGUUCUUGCGCUGCUGUCUUAAUGAAAUCCUGCGAUUAUAUCCUUCGCUUCCCAUGAAUAUCCGAUUUGCCAACAAGGCUACGGUUCUACCCCGUGGCGGCGGCUCUGACGGCCAGUCACCUGUGAUGCUUCCGAAGGGAACGGGAAUUGCUUGGUCUGUGUACCAUUUACACAGACUCGAGUCAAUCUAUGGUGCCGACUCCGGGGAAUUCCGGCCACAGAGAUGGGAAAGUGGAGAGCUACUCAAGAAGGCCCGCCCAGGAGCUGGAUACAUUGACUUCAAUGGCGGUCCAAGAACUUGCUUAGGAAAGGACUUUGCUAUAACAGAGGCAAGCUACGCAAUUAUAAGAAUGCUCCAUGCAUUUCCGGGGAUUAGACUGGCCCCAGGAGUACCGAAUGAGCCAGUUGGAGCAGAAAGGCAGAACUACACCAUCGGGCUGGCUCCGGCUGACGGGGUAAAGGUUUCUCUGAUUUGAUGAUUGCUGCUAUUCUACUGUUUCUAAUAGGUUUUUCUUUUUUACACGGCCAUCAAGUUGCUAGGAAUACGACCUGGGACUGAAUCGAGAAAAGAGAAGAUAUAACCCAGAGUUGUUGGAGAUGGCCAGCGAAAAAGAACACUUCAUUAGAUUAGGUACCUAAGUAGCCUCAUAGUCCUAUUAAUUCUCAUACGUCUAUUGAUUUUAUUAAA